CCUCCUCCCCGACAGUCCGUCGGUCGAGUGCCUCUUCCUGGAAAGUUGCGCUCCACUUUCAAAACGAGGACGUUUUCGCGUCGCGGCCGCACACACGACGCCAGCGUAGCCGCUCGGAGCUUCGGCGCGGCGUCAUUUUGUCGUCGGAGCUCCACUGCAGCCAAAUCCCGACUUGUGUUGGCGCUUUCACGCCUGUGGAAUGGUGUGGCCGCCAUGGCAGCCGCUUGGAUGUCGGUACUUGUCGUGAUGGCGGUUGUCAACGCGGCGGAAGGCGGGGAUGACCGGCGACCGUGCGCCAGUGUCCACGCAUCCAGUUCGGUGGUGACCGUGGGCUCGCCCGUCACGGUCACCUGCGUCGUCGACGACGACUGCCCCGCGCUGGCCGGACACCAAGUCCAAUUGCGACUGGGCGACCGGGUUCUACCCGGCGUGAUUCCCGUGGCCAAUGGGAGCGCCAGAGCCUACCGGCUGCUGAUCCCCGCUUUCAACCACAGUCGGGCCACCCUCACCUGCUGCCUCCGGGACGCGCCGAGUCACAUCAUCGCCGGCCUGGAAAUACAAGCUGGAUAUCCACCUCCGGCGCUCCGGAACCUGAGCUGUCAGGCCAACCUGUCCGCCCACGAGAGCCUGACAUGUAAGUGGGAAGCAAGCCUGCCGGACUCGCACCUGCCCACAAAGUAUACCCUCCACACGCACAUCGGGGAUUUAAAGUGGAGCCACGCCUACGAGCUUCCGCCGGGGGUCCGCAGCUACACCAUCCCUCGCGCCGGCUUCGUCUUCUUCUCGGAAAUGGAAAUAUACGUGAAGGGCGUGAAUGCGCUCGGAGAGACGAGCUCGGCGCGCUUGGCUUUGGAACCCGUCAGCUCAGCUAAGUUUGACCCGCCAAAGAUUGUGAAGCUGCAAGCGUGGCGUCCCGGCUGCCUGCGGCUAAAAUGGGAAUUUUCCCAGUUCCAGGACUGGAUGAGGGACUUUGUCAGUCUUGAAGUCCGACUCAAGACGGAGUCGAGCGGCUCGUGGACCGAGCGACCAAUCCUGGACCGGGCGAUGCCCCAGAGGUACGUGUACCAGUGCGGUCUGCUGCACGGGACGCGGUACGUCGCCCAGAUCAGAGUCCGAUACCAGCAAAGCCCCUGGAGCGAGUGGAGCGGCGGCCGGCCUGCGUUCACCCUGGAGACCGCUCCCACCGGAGCCCUCCACACGUGGAUGAGGGUUACCGGCCAUCUCUUGCACAACCAACUCCAAAUGCUCUUGUUUUGGAAGCCGUCGGCACGAUUCCGAGCCAACGGCCGCAACCUGUCUUACGUGGUUUCGGCACUGAGGACCUUAAAUAAGAGGGGGAAACUGUGCGCCACGGCCGGGAGCCACUGCACCUUCCAUGUUCCCAGGAAAGCCAGGAAAGUGUACCUCGUGGCGCUGAACGCAGCCGGAAGGUCCAGCCCGACGUCGGUCCCAAUCUACCGCCCCAUAGCUGGUGAGACGAUACCCGAAGUUCGCGCCGCCGCCGCCGGCAACGGGUCCGUGCUGGUCCGAUGGGAAGACGUGCCGUCGCCCGCUCUUAUCGAUUACAUCGUGGAAUGGAGACCCCUGUUAAACAACGACCUGUCCCUUGUUCGCUUUGAGACUGCAAGACGGAAUCUCUCAACUCUUAUCGUGACAGGCCCCUUGGAGCCGUACAAGCCCUACGGGAUCUCCGUGUACCCCAGAUUUAAGGAGGGCAUCGGCCCGCCGCGGACCGUUCAUGCCUACUCGCUGCAAAAGGCUCCAUCUGAGGUCCCAAAGAUAAGAAUUAAGAAGAACUGGCAGUACCAUGUGGAACUCUCCUGGGAUGAAAUACCCUUGGACCGGCGCAACGGGAUCAUUCAAAGCUACAAAUUGUUUUACUGGGACGAGACCAGAAGGGUGCACGUGGCCACGGGAGACCCGCAAGAGCGCAAAGUGGUCCUGACGGGCCUCAACUCCUGGUCUGUUUACGAUGCCGUGUUGAUGGUCAGCACGUAUGGCGGAAGCCGGAACGGGUCCAUGGUUCACUUUGACAUCAAAGAAAUGGAUCCCGUCUCUUCUGUGAUCAUCGUGUUGGCCACGUGUGCUUUUUUGUGUCUGCUGAUCAUUUUUCUGGUCAAGACUUGUUCCUCCGAACAUAAUCGGCUGAAGGUGCGUUUUUGGCCCGACGUUCCAGAUCCAGCAAACAGCAGCAUCAAAAGUUGGACCUCGGAAUCCACGCAGGACAUCCGAUCUUCGUGGGACUUUGAGGAGCCGAAUCCAAUUUAUCUCUCCCACCUGAGCUUCCUGGAGCUACCCCGGAAGCCCGGUAAGGAAGAAGACGUCACCGCUUGGUUGAACAACGCGGAGGACACCAGCGACCUGGGAGAGUCCAUCUGCGGCUCGCCUUUCCUCCCCGGUUUGGCCUCUUCCAACGGCGACUCGGUGCCCUACGCCACCGUCAUCUUCCCCGCCCCGCACCCUCACGAGUACCUGCGCUCCGAGUCCACGCAGCCUCUCUUGGGGUCGGAAGAGAGUCCCAAGUGUUACCAGAACGUCGACGCGUCCGAAGGCUCGCAGUGCUUCUUUGGACCGUGCAGGCCCGAAGAAGAGGACAACGCCGCCGCCGCCAUCCAGUGGGAGGACUUUCCUUUUCUUCGAGCGUUAGCCAUGAAUGACACUCAGUGAUGUCUCAUGUUUCAUUUGACUUGUGCGGUCAUGUGAAGUACAGCUGUGCCUUGACUUGCGGAUAUAAGUCUGUUUCUCAAAUCAUCUCUCCCAUAUCGACAUGAAGUGAAAAUGCCAUUAAUCCGUUCCACUACCAAAACCAGAAUGAAUUUCCGGGACCUGUUUUGGAAAUAAAGCUCAACCUAACCGCGAUCACUCAACACCACAAGUCACGGACACGCACCCUGGUAUGGAAUUGUAGAAAACUUGCAUCAAUAAGAGAAUUAAUAUAAUGUAAAAAAAAAAUUACACGGGGGGGGGGGCGGCGCGGUGGUCGACUGGUUUGUGCAUGAUGAUUUCAUGCUGCCGUGUUGCUCCUCGAGGCGCCGUGCCACCAGGGGGCAAUAUAAUGCAGAAAGAUUUAGCGGGUUCACGGAAGUAGAUCUUCGCAUGUCGUUUUUUUUAUUUUUUAUUUUUUUGCAGGGGAUAAAAUGAAUAAAUGCCCGCGAGUGUUGUAUGCUCUAUCUGACUUGUGUUUCUACUGGUUGCGUUAUUCAUAUCAGUUGGUUCAAGGUAAAACAAUGAUACGAGUUUUAAAAUCCUCUG